GACAGUUUUGCUAUGGUGAAACAGGAGGUCAUUGUUCGUAACCUCUUAAGGAUAUUUUCUUUAUGUUUCCCAAGGGGUACUUCGUUCGCAGAUUGUUUCCUCUGCAAGAAAGGUCAGAAUUGUCCAAGAAACACUUGUGGAAUCUAUCCAAAGGGUGGAUGCUGCAAGUUAUGCGGCGAGGUCACUCAUCUAGGCAGGGAUUGCCCGACGAAAACCAAAGACACAAAAAUAAGCAAGGAUGUGGCCCAAAGCGGCGAGAAGCGUAUUGUUUAUAAAAGCGGUGAUGAUCUAGAGGACGAGUGUAAGCAUUCGUUCUUAAAUAUGUAGCAAGCUCCCAGAUAACUAACUGGGAAUUUCACGGAUUGCAUAAACAUGUGAAAUUGAAAAGGUAACACCCUCCAGCAGUGAAUUUCGGAUCA